UCAUAAAUGGCGCCCGCCAUUGUGGACUGUGCGCACUCCCUGGGAGCGUGCAGCACCACGAUCCAGUGCCGCUGUGUCCUCUGGACACAGUGGAACACCGAUCGUCGAAUGGGACCUCCGUGCGAGGAGGCCAGUCAGUGAUCACUACGUGUGAAAUCUGUGAAAUCUUGUGAAAUCUGUGCCAUUCACAACAGCCUUGUACCAUGUGACAAGCUGUGACCAAUCACAGCUCACACAGUA